CCUCUGUCUCUCUCCAUCCAUUUGGCUCUCUCUUUUCUCCCCUUUGCUCCUAUAUCUUGCUCCUACCUGUGCCGUCCUUUCCCCCAGCCCCUGCUCUCUCCCCCUGCCCCAGUGCUAGCAAUGCACCACUACUCCCAUCACCUUCUCUCCCUCUGCCCUUCCUCUCUUUCCUUUCCUGCCUUUCAAUAACCCACCUUGGAUCCCGUCCUUUCUGUCCCUUCCCAAACUCUCCCUAAUUCCCCUUAUUCCUCUCCCUUCCAUCCAAGCAUUACCCCCCAUCUCUAUACUCCCCCCCCAUCUCUUCUCCUUUCCUCUUCCCCUUCAAUUCUGUGCCAAGUCUCCAUCCUUCCCUUCUAUCCCCCUCUUUGCUCUUUCGCCUAUGAGCGAGCCCCCCUCACUUCUGCCCUCGACUCCCGAAGAUAACCAGCCAUGUUCCGCCGCACCAAGAGUUGCAGAAGCAGCAACAGAAAGAGUUUAAUCCUCACAAGCAGCAGUUCCCCCACUCUCCCCCGGCCCCACUCCCCCCUGCCGGGGCAUAUAGGUGGGAGCCCUAUGGACAGUCCCAGGAACUUCUCCCCCAGCGCCGCUGCUCACUUCUCCUUUGCAUCAUCUCGCAGCAGAACCGAUGGCCGUCGCUGGUCCUUGGCCUCCCUCCCGUCGUCCGGCUAUGGGACAAAUACCCCGAGUUCCACGGUGUCGUCCUCCUCCUCCUCUCAGGAACGCCUACACCAGCUCCCCUUCCAGCCCACACUGGAUGAGCUCCACUUCCUUUCCAAACACUUUGGCAGCACAGAAAGUAUCCCCGAUGAUGAUGGGGGGCGCAGGUCACCUGCGGUCAGACCACGAUCCCGCAGCUUAAGUCCUGGCCGAUCUCCCUCCUCUUAUGACAAUGAAAUUGUGAUGAUGAACCAUGUUUAUAAAGAGAGGUUUCCCAAGGCCACAGCGCAGAUGGAGGAUAGGCUACGGAUGUUCAUCUCCUCCUUCUCCCCCGAGAAUGUCCUACCACUGGCGGACGGACUCCUCAACUUUAUCCACCAUCAGAUCGUGGAGCUGGCGAGGGACUGCCUGAACAGGAGCACCGAGGGCAUGAUCACAACCGCCCACUUUUACCAACUACAGGAGAAUCUGGAGAAGCUGCUGAAUGAUGCAGUGGAACGUUCUUCAGAGGGAUCAGAAGUUGCCUUCAUUGCUCAACUGAUGAAAAAUCUUUUAAUCAUCAUCUCUCGACCUGCUCGUCUGCUGGAGUGUCUGGAAUUUAACCCUGAAGAGUUCUAUCACAUGCUGGAGGUAGCCGAGGACCAGGUGAAAGAAGGAAACUUGAAAAAAGACAUACCCCAAUACAUCCUGAGACAGUUGGGAUUAACCAGGGAUUCCUUCCCAGAGGUAGCCGCUCCCGAGGAACCAGUGACCCUGGAAGCACAAACCUCAGAAGCAGAGGACAACGUAGAGGCAAAGAGUGGGGCGGCCCAUAAACCCAUCAGACCACCCGAGGAAAGUGACUUUGAAAAUAUAAAGCUCAUCAGUAACGGAGCCUAUGGAGCGGUGUAUUUGGUGCGUCACCGGGAGACGCGGCAACGCUUUGCCAUGAAGAAGAUCAACAAGCAGAACUUGCGUCUGAGGAAACAAGUCCACCAGGCCUUUGUAGAACGGGACAUUCUGACCUUUGCUCAGAACCCCUUUGUGGUCAGCAUGUUCUGCUCCUUCCAGACCCGUAGGCACCUCUGUAUGGUGAUGGAGUAUGUGGAAGGGGGUGACUGUGCCACCCUACUGAAGCACAUUGGUGCUCUCCCAUUGGAAAUGGCGCGGUUAUAUUUCGCAGAGACGGUUCUAGCUCUGGAAUACCUACAUAAUUAUGGGAUUGUGCACCGAGAUCUGAAACCGGACAAUCUCCUAAUCACUUCGAUGGGUCACAUAAAGCUUACAGAUUUCGGCCUGUCCAAGAUGGGGCUUAUGAACCUCACCACUAAUCUCUAUGAAGGACACAUCGAGAGCGAAGCAAGGGAAUUCCUGGACAAGCAGGUCUGUGGAACCCCUGAAUACAUCGCACCGGAGGUUAUCCUUAGACAAGGUUACGGGAAGCCAGUGGACUGGUGGGCGAUGGGCAUAAUUCUGUAUGAGUUCCUGGUUGGUUGCGUGCCAUUUUUUGGAGACACCCCAGAGGAGCUGUUUGGUCAGGUGAUCAGUGAUGACAUUGUGUGGCCAGAAGCAGAGGAAGCUCUACCCGCCGAUGCCCAAAAUCUCAUCUCCUGCCUCCUGCAGACAGAUCCCUUACAAAGGCUUGGAACAGGGGGAGCCAUUGAGGUGAAAAUUCACAGAUUUUUCACUGAUUUGGACUGGAAUGGAUUGCUCAGGCAGAAAGCUGAAUUCAUCCCUCACUUGGAGGCAGAAGAUGAUACCAGUUACUUUGACACUCGAUCGGAUCGGUACCAGCACAUUAAUUCCUACGAUGAGGAUGAUACCAAUGAUGAAGACUCGGUGGAGAUCAGGCAGUUCUCAUCCUGCACCCCAAGAUUUAGUAAGGUGUAUAGUAGUAUGGAGCAGCUCUCCCAGCUGGAGCAGAAACCCCCCACUCCUCCUAGAGACACCAACAAACAAGAAAGGUCUGAGAAGACGACCAAGAGAGAGACGUUGGGGGGCGUCACCCUUCGAGACCGCUGCUGGAGGACCGUGUCUCCUGAAAUGAAACAAUUCUCCGAUGCGGCAGACGCAGAAUCCAGCCCCCCCUUGGCUGCCCGGCGGCGCUUUUCUGCCUUAGUGGACCCGACCCGCUAUACGUCUCCCCUGGAGUAUGAGGUGGAGUACAGAGUGAGGGGAAGCAGCGGGCCGCUGCCCGCCCAAAGCAAGAUCCCUCUGGGAGAGCUGGAGCCAGUAGACAAGUCUGUCGACUCUCAGCCCCACCAGGAGGCGGAUUCCUCUCCUCGCGCCACAAACGAGAUUGUCCUGCGCAGAGCCAGGCACCAACACCUGUCCGGGGACACCGAGAGGAGGAGAACCGGCGGGAAAGUCAUCAAGUCGGCAUCGACCACCGCCCUGUCUGUCAUGAUCCCUACAGUUGAACAGCACAGCAGCUCUCCCCUGGUCAGCCCCAUGUCCCCCCGCUCUCUGUCGUCCAAUCCCUCCUCCCGGGAUUCCUCUCCGAGCCGCGACUACACGCCGGCAGUGAGCAGCCUCCGAUCCCCCAUUUGCAUCCAACGCUCCGGGAAAAAAUACGGUUUCACCUUGCGGGCCAUCCGGGUGUACAUGGGGGAAAGUGAUGUGUACAGCGUGCAGCACAUUGUCUGGCACGUGGAGGAAGGAGGGCCUGCCCAUGAAGCGGGUCUCUGUGCCGGGGACCUCAUUACACACAUUAACGGGGAGCCGGUGCACGGCCUGGUGCACACUGAAGUUGUGGAGCUGAUUUUAAAGAGCGGUAACAAGGUGUUAGUAACCACCACCCCCUUUGAGAACACCUCGAUCCGAACCGGCCCAGCCAGGAGAAGCAGUUAUCGAUCCAAAAUGGCGCGGAGGAACAAGCGGAUCGCUGGGAGAGAGGGGCAGGAGAGUAAGAAGCGGAGCUCUCUAUUCCGUAAGAUCACCAAGCAAUCCAAUCUUCUGCACACCAGCCGUUCCCUCUCCUCUCUGAGCCGCUCCCUCUCCUCAAGUGACAGUCUUCCAGGAUCACCCACUCACAGCCUCUCGGCCCGUUCCCCGACCCAUAGCUACCGCUCCAUGGACUCUGCUUACCUUGGUGCUUCUUCGCAGGGCAGUUCCCCCUCUUCCAGUACCCCUAAUUCCCCUGCACCACCACCUCCUGCCUCAGCCUCUUCCUGUGCGUCAGCCUCCUCCUCCUCCACCACUCCUGCUCCCCCCUCCCCACACAUCCGACCCAGCACCCUGCAUGGCUUAUCUCCCAAACUGCACCGCCAGUAUCGCUCAGCGCGAUGUAAAUCUGCGGGUAAUAUGCCCCUCUCUCCCCUUGCACACACCCCUUCCCCUACUGCAGCUGCCUCACCCCCUCUCCUACCAAGUCACAGCAUUGGCAGCAGCCUGACCACUCAGAGCUUUCCCCCAAAACUGCAUCCAUCUCCACCAGUGUCACGCCCUCGCCCAAAGAGCGCAGAGCCUCCACGGUCCCCACUUCUUAAGAGAGUGCAGUCUGCAGAGAAACUGGGUGGGGGAGGAGGUGGUGGGUCACCCAGAAAACAGGAGCCGGGAGGGGGAGGAACAAUAGAGGGAGAUUUAGCAGAAGCCAUUGGUGUGAGGAGCCAGCCAGUAAGGAGAGUGGGUAGGCAGGAGUCUCCUCGCAGUCUUUGUGGAGGGGAAAAUAUGAUAGGAGAGAACUUUGAGAGGCUGGAAGGAGAAGGAGCGAUAGGACUAUCGCCGCUAGGAGACAGUCUGAAAUGUAGUGAGGGUAAAGUCCAAGCAGCCGUUAAGGUUGGAGUAGGAUCAAGGACUACUCCCCCAUUUUCUCCCCAAGAACCUCCAGCCGCAUCAACUGCAGUCCUUCCCCCCCAAAGUGACCCUUCCCUUGCUAUGGUAGGAAGGUGCCAAGUGAAAACCCUAAGUCCUGUACAAGAACAUGAAGGUAGAAGGGGGGAAGGAGAGGACGGGGGAGCAGAGGGAGAGGGAAGAAAGGGAGAUUAUGAGGAGGAACAAGGAAGAACAAGAGAACAAUGGUACUUAGAGGUGGUAGAAGAGUUGACUACAGUAGGGAAAAGCAGCAUGCAUGCUGGGAGUAAAGCGACUCCCUCUAACCUCACAGCCGACUCUAGUAUCUACCAUUCCCACUCAAAUAAGAGUAAAGUCGCUGUGGUUGACUCUAUGAAGAGCACACCCUCUCACCCUACAGGUACAACUCUGGAGCAGUCUCUUUCUUUGAAAGGGAUUAGAUCUGAUGCCGACUCUAAAAAGGGGCAAGAUCCUAAAAACUGCCAGAUUACUCCUCUUCUUCCCGUAAGGGAGGGCCUAAAUGUUGAACCAAUUCAAAAUGGUUCUACUCACCCUCCUGAACUUUCCCACGUGGCCAAGGAGCAAAGUAUCGACCAUCUAAAAGGUCCAUCAUCUUCUGGCCAACAAAUGAAAAGCACUAGCACUUUCCUACCUACUCAGCUUCACCCAACCACUGGUAGAAAGCUGGAGGCUGAUAAUGUAAGUAGGCAUUUACUCUGUACAGAGGGUACAAAGUAUGGUCUGAUUAAACCAACAGAUUCUCUGUCUAUUAGUAUUAAAGGGGAGAAGGCCAGUUUAGCAAAAAGCCCCCAGGAUGAUCCAGUAAAGGCCGCUGAUCAUACUACUGGGGUGCAAGGACCUGCUCCUGCAAAAGGACCAGCAAUUUCACCUGUAAAUAUUAAAAUCGGCAGAGAAGGAUCUGAACAGACAAGGGUGACCACUACUGACCCAACUAUUAAUAGGCUGAGCGAAACACAAACUAAUCAGAGACCUGCAGCUGCCACUGGUCUUGCUAGCAAUAUGGUACUUAGGGAGAUGGAGAAGAAGGAAGAGUUCAGUUCAGCCCAGAAUAUAAAGAAACCAAGUGGAGCAGAAUUAGAACAGAAGCGGGUGGCCAUUGUAGUCCCGAUUGUAACUAGACCCAGUGAUGUAAAGGCUGACACAACAAGGGUAGUAUCUGCUCCCCUGACUGUUAAUAGACCUGCCGCAGGAGAGAGUGACCAAGCAAAAGUGACCACUGUUACCCCAACUAUUGAUAAAGUCAGUGGCCCAGAAAGUGCCUCUGCCAAGGUGACCGCCGUUGCCUCAAUGAGUAGCGCUAACAAAGCUGUUAAUGAACCACCAAGCCUGUUCCCCGAUAAUAAAGUAGCCGACUCCAAUCAAAUAAGGUUCUCGUCACAGAAUAACAAGGGCGCGAGAGAAUCAGAAAGUGACCAGAUAAGGGCAACGGGCAAUAUUCCCGUUAUUAACCAGACCGCUCAAACAACGGUUCCUUCCCCAACACCCACAAAUGGCCAAGGACCCCCUAUAAUUAUCCGAGUUAGUGGGGUUCCAUGUGAUGCCCAGGGCGGGCUGUGUCCUGAGAAACCUUCCAGCCCCCAAAGAGCGCCCACCACUACCAGCCAACCCCCUUCUUAAUCAGAAAGGGUCACAUGACGCUGUCAGGAUGCAAAUAGAUUCUAACGAUCCCGUUCGGUUAUUCCUCCAUAUCCGGAGGGUGGAAAAGGGAUAUAGAAAGCGCCGUUGCCCCCCCCCCCCCCCUUUGGGAUACUUGACUUGAGCCUUAUUGCCCCCCCUCCAGCAGAUUCUUAUAGUAGCGGGGGUUGCACAGGGGUGUUUGUGUGUGUCUGUGUGUAUCCGUGUGUCCGUGUGUUUGUGCUGUGCCUUAAUUGUUAAUUAGUAUGGAGAAAAAUUAACCGCACACACGCUAGAUACUAAAGAGCUGAUUGGAACGACCGUCGCAAGGAACAGAGGAAACGAGGGGAGGCUCUGCGGGACACGCCCUCUGCAUGACAUCACCGCCCUCUCCUGACUCUGUGCUCUAGAACCUCCCAGCGUAUGACAUCAUCGGCCGACUUAUUGUGUCAUCCCCUGGGAUAUGAUGCCAUCAGCCUGUGCCACGCCCGGUUAUGCCACGCCUGUCUUACCUUCAUAUAGAAGCAUACGUCUAUACAUAAAUAUGAAAUAUAUUUAUCUGGACACACUAUAUAUAUAGAUAUAUAUAUAUAAAUAUAUAGUAUAAAUAUCGUCUAUGGGGCUCCACUAUUUCUAUGCAAGAUUUACGGUAGUGUCGGCCCCGCCAGUGCCUCUGGGUUCGUCCUGGCUCACUAUGGGCACUGCAGUGGGGAUUUCGUGAAUUAUUGGCAUUUUUUUAUUUAUUUACUUGUGUAUUUUUUUUUAUAUUAAUGCUGUGCCCCCCCUCCUUUUUCUCCUUACACCCCACGCCCCCCUAGCACCCCAAAGAAUUAGCACCGCCCUACUAAACUUCCAAUUGAUUGUUUUUGGGGCUAUUUCACUGGGAAAAGAAACUUUUUUCAUGAAAAUUUGGGUGAAAUUUGGUGAAAAACAGAAAGAAAAAUGUUCCGACCCGAUUCUGAAAAUUUCUGAUUGAACCUGAGAAAUCUGUCACGUAAUAAAAUGGUUUUUAUAAGCUCCA